CGCAGUGCGGCGGGAGGCGGCGGUCUGUUCUCCGCUGAGGAGGAGCGGGGCAGAGGAGGGAGGCAGUGGGUGAGAGUUCAGAGUUCAGCAGCAGCAGCCCGAGCCCAUGAUUCCCAUAUGCCCUGUAGUUUCUUUCACCUAUGUGCCCAGCCGGCUGGGGGAAGAUGCCAAAAUGGCGACCGGCAACUACUUUGGAUUCACCCACAGCGGGGCGGCGGCGGCGGCGGCUGCGGCCCAGUAUAGUUCUGUUCUCUGGAGCAGCAUGGACCAGCAGCCAGCUUCGGGUGUAGCCUACUCUCAUCCAACUACAGUUGCUAGCUACACUGUCCAUCAGGCUCCAGUAGCUGCUCACACAGUUACUGCUGCCUAUGCACCAGCGGCCGCCACGGUUGCAGUUGCCAGGCCUGCUCCAGUAGCUGUUGCAGCUGCUGCAACAGCUGCUGCUUAUGGAGGCUACCCCACUGCACAUACAGCAACUGACUACGGUUAUACCCAGAGACAACAAGAAGCACCACCACCACCACCCCCAGCUACUACACAGAACUACCAGGACUCGUACUCGUAUGUAAGAUCCACCGCUCCUGCUGUAGCUUAUGAUAGUAAGCAGUACUACCAACAGCCAACAGCAACGGCUGCUGCCGUAGCAGCUGCUGCCCAGCCUCAGCCUUCUGUUGCUGAAACCUACUAUCAGACAGCCCCCAAAGCAGGUUAUAGCCAAGGUGCAACUCAGUAUACACAAGCCCAGCAGACUCGACAAGUGACAGCCAUAAAACCAGCCACACCAAGUCCAGCUACCACUACUUUCUCCAUUUAUCCUGUAUCUUCCACCGUACAGCCAGUAGCAGCUGCAGCUACUGUGGUGCCAUCUUAUACCCAGAGUGCUACUUACAGUACCACGGCAGUUACUUAUUCUGGUACGUCUUAUUCAGGUUAUGAAGCAGCAGUGUAUUCAGCUGCAUCCUCCUACUACCAACAGCAGCAGCAGCAACAGAAGCAGGCGGCGGCCGCAGCAGCAGCUGCUGCUGCAACAGCUGCCUGGACAGGGACCACCUUUACUAAAAAAGCACCAUUCCAAAAUAAACAACUGAAACCAAAACAGCCUCCCAAACCACCCCAGAUUCACUAUUGUGAUGUUUGUAAGAUCAGCUGUGCUGGACCACAGACUUAUAAAGAACAUUUAGAAGGACAGAAACAUAAAAAAAAAGAAGCCGCAUUGAAAGCCUCACAAAAUACCAGCAGCAGCAACAACUCUACUCGUGGGACUCAAAAUCAGCUACGUUGUGAGCUCUGCGAUGUGUCUUGUACAGGAGCAGAUGCAUAUGCUGCCCACAUUCGUGGUGCUAAGCAUCAGAAAGUGGUUAAAUUACACACAAAACUUGGUAAACCCAUUCCUUCAACAGAACCAAACGUUGUUAGCCAAGCUACUUCUUCAACAGCUGUGUCUGCUUCAAAACCAACUGCCUCUCCCUCAAGCAUUGCAGCAAGCAAUUGUACUGUGAAUACUUCAUCAAUUGCAACUUCUUCAGUGAAAGGUCUUACAACUACAGGAAACUCGUCUCUUAAUAGCACAUCCAACACUAAAGUAUCAGCAGUGCCUACAAAUAUGGCUGCCAAGAAAACCUCUACACCCAAAAUAAACUUUGUUGGUGGGAAUAAGUUGCAAUCAACAGGAAAUAAAACAGAAGACUUAAAAGGAACUGAAUGUGUUAAAAGCACUCCUGUCACCUCUGUACAGAUUCCAGAAGUAAAGCCGGACACCGUGUCAGAACCAGUCACACCUGCAUCUCUUGCUGCUUUGCAGAGCGAUGUGCAGCCAGUAGGGCAUGACUAUGUGGAAGAGGUACGAAAUGAUGAAGGAAAAGUAAUCCGAUUCCAUUGUAAAUUAUGUGAGUGCAGUUUUAAUGAUCCCAAUGCUAAGGAGAUGCACUUAAAAGGGCGAAGACACAGACUUCAAUAUAAAAAAAAAGUAAAUCCAGAUUUACAAGUAGAAGUAAAGCCCAGUAUUCGAGCCAGGAAGAUUCAAGAAGAGAAAAUGAGGAAGCAAAUGCAGAAAGAGGAGUAUUGGCGAAGACGAGAAGAAGAAGAACGUUGGAGAAUGGAAAUGAGACGUUAUGAAGAGGACAUGUACUGGAGAAGAAUGGAGGAAGAACAACACCAUUGGGAUGAUCGCCGCCGAAUGCCUGAUGGAGGCUAUCCUCACGGUCCCCCAGGCCCAUUAGGCCUUCUGGGAGUCCGACCAGGCAUGCCUCCUCAGCCACAGGGGCCUGCACCUUUACGUCGUCCUGACUCAUCUGAUGACCGUUAUGUAAUGACAAAACACGCAACCAUUUAUCCAACUGAAGAAGAAUUACAAGCAGUUCAGAAAAUUGUUUCUAUCACUGAACGUGCUUUAAAACUUGUUUCAGACAGUUUGUCUGAACAUGAGAAGAGUAAGAACAAAGAGGGAGAUGAUAAAAAAGAGGGAGGUAAAGACAGAGCUUUAAAAGGAGUUUUGCGAGUGGGAGUAUUGGCAAAAGGAUUACUUCUCCGAGGAGAUAGAAAUGUCAACCUUGUUUUGCUGUGCUCUGAGAAACCUUCAAAGACAUUAUUAAGCCGUAUUGCAGAAAACCUACCCAAACAGCUUGCUGUUAUAAGUCCUGAGAAGUAUGACAUAAAAUGUGCUGUGUCUGAAGCGGCAAUAAUUUUGAAUUCAUGUGUGGAACCCAAAAUGCAAGUCACUAUCACCCUGACAUCUCCAAUUAUUCGAGAGGAGAACAUGAGGGAAGGAGAUGUAACCUCGGGUAUGGUGAAAGACCCACCGGACGUCUUGGACAGGCAAAAAUGCCUUGACGCUCUGGCUGCUCUACGCCACGCUAAGUGGUUCCAGGCUAGAGCUAAUGGUCUGCAGUCCUGUGUGAUUAUCAUACGUAUUCUCCGGGACCUCUGUCAGCGAGUUCCAACUUGGUCUGAUUUUCCAAGCUGGGCUAUGGAGUUACUAGUCGAGAAGGCGAUCAGUAGUGCUUCUAGUCCUCAGAGCCCUGGAGAUGCACUGAGAAGAGUUUUUGAGUGCAUUUCUUCAGGGAUUAUUCUUAAAGGUAGUCCUGGACUUCUGGAUCCUUGUGAGAAGGAUCCAUUUGAUACCUUGGCAACAAUGACUGACCAACAGCGUGAAGACAUCACUUCCAGUGCACAGUUUGCAUUGAGACUCCUUGCAUUCCGCCAGAUACACAAAGUUCUAGGCAUGGAUCCAUUACCCCAGAUGAGCCAACGUUUUAACAUCCACAACAACAGGAAACGAAGAAGGGAUAGCGAUGGAGUCGAUGGAUUUGAAGCUGAGGGGAAAAAAGACAAAAAAGAUUAUGAUAACUUUUAAAAAGUUUCUGUAAAUCUGCAGUGUUAAAAACAACAGGUGCCCAUUUGUUGGUUGUUUUUCAUUCAUAAUAAUGUCUACUUUGAAAAGUUUAUCAAGAAUUUAAAGAAUUUCAUGGAAGAACCAAGUUUUUCUGUGACAUUAAUAUCUUAAUGUACAGUGUUAGGUAUUAUAUUGAAUGGAAAGACACCCAAAAAAAAAAAUUGUGCUCCAACUAGGGGAAAAACAGUGGUUCAGAUUUUUUCCCCAUUAUUUUGGUUUUAUUUACUGGUUGCCCUAGCUCCCCCUAUUUUUGUGUCUUUUAUUAACUAGUCUAUUAAAUCUUUACUGUAUUUAAUGCAGUAUUUGUGCUUCAGUUGCUAUGUGUAUUUUGAUAUUUUUAUUUAGUUUUGUUUGCUCUUUGACACUAGAUGUUACUUUGUGUUAUAGAUGAUAUCCUUUGCCCUUCUUAAUAUUUUACAGCAGUACGUUUUUUUGUAACGUGGAACUGCAGAAUUUUUUCUUUUUGUUUUAUUCUGUAUGUGACGGAUUUCAACACAAAAAGUUAUCCUGCCAUUUAAGUGCUCAGAACUGAAUGUUUCUGCAGAUCUUGUGGCAUUUGUCCCUAGUGUGAUAUAUAAAGGUGUAAUUAAGACAGAUUUCUGUUAAUCUAAUCAAGUUUGCUGUUAGUUGUGCAUUAGCAGUAUAAAAGCUAAUAUAUACUAUAUGGUCUUGCAACAGUUUUAAAGCCUCUGCAUAAUUGAUAAUAAAAAUGCAUGACAUUUUUGUUUUUAAUAGACUUUUAAAAUUAUAAUUUUAGGUUUGACACGUAGAUCUUUGUACAGUUGACUUUUUGACAUAGCAAGGCCAAAAAUAACUUUCUGAAUAUUUUUUUCUUCUGCAUAAGUGGAAAGGGCAUUUUUCAUAUAUAAGUGGGCUAACCAAUAUUUUCAAAAGAACUUUAUCAUUGUGCAACUAACAACAGUAACUAGCCCUUAAUUAUGAUGACAGUUCCUUAUUGGUGUGUGUGAGAUUACUCUAGCAAACUAUUACAGUGUAACACAGUUGAAUGAUUCCU